AUUUAAGAAUCUUGAGACAUGAUCAUUCUGUUUCUUCGACUCUCAAGAUCUGUUCAGCCGAAUUAUUGUGUUUGUUUGCCAUUUCUAUCCAGAGUCAGUGGUGAAGCUCAGAUUCUGUUUCAUCAUGGAUGAGACACAAACACCCAGAGAUGAAGAUCUUUCUCCUGAAUCCAGUUCAGUUCAUCAGAAGAGAUCCGAACCAGAGCCCAGCUGUGUGUCUGUGAGAAGUGACUGGUCUAUUGAUAAUAUCAUAGAUUUUAAGAGAGGAGGAACACAGACUAAACUUAGUUCAGUUUAUCAGAAGAGAUCAGAACCAGAGCCCAGCUGUGUGUCUAUGAAGAGUGACUGGUCUAUAGAUAAUAUAAUAGAUUUUAAGACUGAAAAUACAGAGACUGAUCUCAGUUCAGUUCAUCAGAAGAAAUCAGAACCAGAGCCCAGCUGUGUGUCUAUGAAGAGUGACUGGUCUAUUGAUAAUAUAAUAGAUUUUAAGACUGAAAAUACACAGACUGAUCUCAGUUUAGUCCAUCAGAAAAGAGCAGAUCGUGAGCCCAGCUGUGUAUCUAUGAGGAGUGACGUGUCUAUGAAUCAUCCAGUACAUUUUAAGAGUAGGGAUAAACAAACUGAUCUCAGCCAUGAAGUCCUCAACACGUUUAGAUCAAAUCUGAUGAAGAAGUUUGAGUGUCUGUAUGAGGAAACAGCGAUGCAGGGAAACCCAACACUCCUAAAUGAGAUCUACACAGAGCUGUACAUCACAGAGAGUGAGAGUGGAGAGAUCAGUAAUGAACACGAGGUGAGACAGAUUGAGACACAAUCCAGGAGAGCAGCGACAGAGGACACACCGAUCAAAUGUAGUGACAUCUUUAGAGCUUUACCUGGACAAGACAAACCCAUCAGAACUGUGCUGACAAAGGGAGUCGCUGGCAUUGGAAAAACAGUCUCUGUGCAGAAGUUCAUCCUGGACUGGGCUGAAGGGAAAGAGAAUCAGGACGUCCAGCUCAUAUUUCCUCUUCCUUUCAGAGAGCUCAAUCUGAUGAAGGAAAAAACACUCAGUCUUUCAGAUCUUCUUGAGGUCUUUUUCCCUGAAACAAAAGAAAUGGAAAUAUCCGGUGGCAAAUAUAAAGUGUUGUUCAUCUUUGAUGGUCUUGAUGAGUGUCGUUUGUCUCUAGAUUUUCAGAGCGAUGUGAGGUUGUGUGAUGUAAGUGAAUCAGUCUCAGUGGACGUGCUGCUGACGAACCUCAUUGUGGGGAAUCUGCUUCCCUCUGCUCUCAUCUGGAUCACCUCCAGACCAGCAGCAGCUGAUCUCGUCCCCUCUGAGUGUGUCCAUCGAGUGUCAGAGGUACGAGGCUUCAAUGACCCACAGAAGGAGGAAUACUUCAGGAAGAGAGUCAGUGAUCAGAGUCUGGCCGAGAGGAUCAUCUCACACCUGAAGUCAUCAAGGAGCCUCUUCAUCAUGUGCCACAUCCCAGUCUUCUGCUGGAUCUCAGCCGCUGUUCUGGAGAAGAUGUUGAGUCGAGCAGAGAGUGGAGAGAUUCCAAAGACUCUCACGCAGAUGUACACACACUUCCUGAUCCUUCAGACCAACAUCAAACAUGAGAAGGACUAUGAGAAGAAGGUGACAGAUGAAGAUAUGAUCCUCAAACUGGGGAAAGUGGCUUUUCAGCAGCUUGUGAAAGGCAACCUGAUCUUCUAUGAGGAAGAUCUGAGAGAGUGUGGCAUUGAUGAGACAGAAGCAUCAGUGUACUCAGGAUUGUGCUCUCAGAUCUUCAGAGAGGAGUUUGGCUUGUAUCAGGGGAAAGUCUUCAGCUUUGUUCAUCUGAGCAUUCAGGAACAUCUAGCGGCUCUAUAUGUGCACCUCUCUUGUGUAAACAACAAUAUAAAUGUGUUUGACCAAAUCAACAAACAGAGUUUGUGGUCUAAAGUUAAGGCCAGGUUUCUGCUAAAUUCAUCCGAUUAUGUUUCUUUAUCUGACCUGCACAAGAGAGCUGUGGAUGAGGCUCUACAGAGUACAAAUGGACAUCUGGAUAUUUUCCUGCGGUUUAUUCUAGGUCUGUCACUGAAGACUAAUCAGAGUCUUUUGCAAAGAUUAAUGAAACAGCCAAGAAGCAGCUCUGACAGCAAUGAGAAAACAGUUGAGUACAUCAAGAUGAAGAUCAGGACCAUUGACUCCACAGAGAAAUCCAUCAGUAUGUUCCACUGUCUGAAUGAACUGGGUGAUCAUUCACUAGUGGAGGAAAUACAACAGUAUCUGAGAUCUGGAACAAUAAAUGAAGCCAAUCUCUCUUCAUCUCAGUGGUCAGCUGUAGUUUUUGUGUUGCUGACAUCAGAGAAGAAGCUGGAUGAGUUUGAUAUUAAUAAAUUUGCUAGUGGAAACAAUAAACUGAAAGUUUUUCAGAAGCUGCUGCCUGUGAUUAAAGAAUCCAUAUCAGUUCAGUUGAGUGAUUGCGGUCUCACAGAUGAAGGUUUUGCUGCUCUGGCUUCAGCUCUGAGAUCAAACCCUGAACACCUGAGAGUGCUGGAUCUGUCUGGGAAUAAACUAAGAGAUUCAAGCAUGAAGCAUGAAGGAGAUUUGGGAGUCAUGCUGUCUGGUGUAUUACAGAAUCCUCUCUGUAAACUGGAGAAACUAGUUUUGAGUAAGUGUGGUCUCACAGAUGAAGGUUGUGCUGCUCUGACUUCAGCUCUGAGAUCAAACCCUGAACACCUGAGAGUGCUGGAUCUGUCUGGAAAUAAACUAGGAGAUUCAAGCAUGAAGCUUCUUUCUGUUGUACUGGCGAAUCCUCAAUGUAAACUGGAGAAGCUGGGGUUGAGUAAGUGUGGUCUAGCAGAUGGAGGUUGUGCUGCUCUGACUUCAGCUCUGAGAUCAAACCCUGAACACCUGAGAGAACUGGAUCUGUCUGGGAAUAAACUAAGAGAUUCAGGAGUAAUGCUGUCUGAUGUAAUACAGAAUCCUCUCUGUAAACUGGAGAUACUGCAGUUGAGUGAUUGCGGUCUCACAGGUGAAGGUUGUGCUGCUCUGACUUCAGCUCUGAGAUCAAACCCUGAACACCUGAGAGAACUGGAUCUGUCUGAGAAUAAACCAGGAGAUUCAAGCAUGAAGUUUCUUUCUGCUGUACUGGCGAAUCCUCACUGUAAACUGGAGAAGCUGGGGUUGAGUGACUGUGGCAUCACAAAAGAAGGUUGUGCUGCUCUUGCUUCAGCUCUGAGAUCAAACCCUGGACACCUGAGAGAACUGGAUCUGUCUGGAAAUAAACUGGGAAGUUCUGUUGAGAAGCAUCUCUCUGCUGUACUGGCGAAUCCUCACUGUAAACUGGAGAUACUCGGGUUAAGAGAUUGUGGUGUCACAUCUACAGGUUGUGCUGUUCUGGCUUCAGCUCUGAGAUCAAACCCUGAACACUUGAGAUAUCUGGAUUUGUCUGGGAAUAAACUAUCACAACUCGUUUUGAAGCCUCUCUCUGGUCUGAAGGAUGAUUCACAUAAUAAACUGGUGAAACUAAAGUAUUGACUCUCAGUAUUUAGACUUCAGUCCAGUUUCCUCAGGAUCAGCUCCUACAGAGACACAGUCACACAAUCAACAGAGACUCAAGACAGAGACACACAGCGAUCACACUCAAUUCACAUCACUGUAUUGUUUUUAUAUUUUGUGGGUCUGUUUUUUUUUAAGUACUGUUGUCAUUAAAUUUUCCACAAUUAUCUCUUUAGAGGACCUGGACUUGCUGUAUAAUUUAAGACUAAGUUUUGUACAUGAUGGUCUGUGCAUGAAUGUUGAAAACCACUGUGUACAAUUUGGGAUGGUUUUGAAUUUGCUAGAUAUUGAUUACAGUACAGAUGCUGUAACACUUGUUCCAAAUUUUCUUGUUUCUUUGAUGGCAGAGUUUUCAUUCUUUUAAGUGACAA